AUGGCCGCCUCCACCCUGUCUGUCUGCUCCAACGACCUGAGCUACAACUGUCCAGAGAGCUACUGCGAGCCCCCCUGCUGUGCCCCCAGCUGCUGCGCCCCGGCCCCCCGCCUGACCCUCCUCUGUGCCCCAGUGAGCUGCGAGUCCAGCCCCUGCUGCCAGCCCUCCUGCUGCACCUCCUCCCCCUGCCAGCAAGACUGCUGUGAGCCCGUCUGCUGCAGGCCCGUCUGCUGUGAGCCCGUCUGCUGCAGGCCGGUCUGCUGUGAGCCCAUCUGCUGCAGGCCCGUCUGCAGCAGGCCCGUCUGCUGCGAGCCCGUCUGCUGCAGGCCUGUCUGUUGCACGCCUGUCUGUUGCACGCCUGUCUGCAGCAGGCCCGUCUGUUGCACGCCUGUCUGCUGCAGGCCCGUGUGCUGUGAGUCCUCCCCCUGCUCAGCCUCCUUGUGCUGCCAGCCCAAUCCCUGCUCCUCGGUCAGUUGCAGACCCUCCUCCUCUGUGUCCCUUCUCUGCCGUCCUGUGUGCCGCCCCGCCUGCUGCGUGCCCGCCUCCUCCUGCCAGCCCAGCUGCUGCCGCCCGGCCUCCUGCGUGGCCCUGCUCUGCCGGCCCGCAUGCUCCCGCCCUGCUUGCUGCAUCCCAACCUUGGCCCCGGAGCCCUGUUGCUGA